AUGCUGAGGAAGACUUCACUAUUAUUGACGCUUCUGCUGGUUGUGGUGGUGGUAUGCUUUAGCUUACAGAAUGUACCGAUAGGCCAGGCGCGGAUCCAACAGACUGUGAUGAGUGAGCUGGGGAGUCCGACUACUUCAAUACAACAUUUCGAACCUCCUUUCCAGACUGCUGGCAGGCAUAUCGUUGAUGCCAAUGGCAAACGGUUCAAACUAGCGUCCAUCAACUGGUAUGGCGGAAGCGACCUCUACUACGUUCCUGGCGGACUGGACUUCCGCCACCGAUCAGAAAUCGCCGCGACCAUGCGGAAAAUGGGCUUCAACAGUGUGAGGUUUCCGUAUUCGGAUCAGAUGGUUAUCGAGAAUCCUAUCAUUCCUCCCGAGUUCAUAUCAGCCAACCUCGACUUGCUGGACAAGUACAACCUCAAGCAAAACUCAUCAAGGUCCGACAAAGAGCUUGAUGGUCCACGUGCACUGGAUGUAUACGCUGCAUGCGUGGAAGCGAUGACCGAUGCUGGUCUUGCGGUCAUUCCUAACGACCACAUUACCAACGCCCAUUGGUGUGACGGCAAGAAUCUAUGCGAUGCGAGCUGGAAGAACGAUCAUUACGGCACCGUUUGCAAAGUCAGACAAACGACGGAAAGCUGGAUUGACAAUUGGAUCACGAUCAUGAAGCCGCAUAUCGACAACCCGCUAGUAAUUGGAGCCGAUCUCCGUAAUGAGCCUCGUGGACUCUGGGGGACCAUGACUUGGAGCAUGUGGGCCACUGCUGCAGAGCAAGCGAGCGAGGCGUUGCUCAAGCUUCAACCAAAUUGGCUCAUGUUCGUGGAAGGCAUCUCAUCCGCCAAUGACUGCUCUGGAGCUCGUACUCGGCCAGUGAAACUAUCAAUUCCAGACCGUGUAGUGUACAGUAGCCACGUCUACGCAUGGUCCGGCUGGUCGACCCUGGUACCGUACCACAAACGACCUUAUCCUUCAUUUGCCUUGGACAUGGAGCGUAACUGGGCUUUCCUACUAAGAGGCAACAUCGCACCGGUAUGGCUCGGAGAAUUUGGUGCUCCACACGGUGGUAACGAAGGCGACCAUCACUACUGGGACAAUCUCAUGAGAUAUUUGAAGGAGACAGAUGCAGAUUGGGGAUACUGGGCGCUGAACCCACGGAAGCCGGAGAACUACGAUAAUGAGACUUAUGGGCUUUUGGCAGAUGACUGGGAGACGAUCAUUGAUGAUUGGAGGUAUCAGGAUCUGGUGAAAUUGAUCCAGCCAACGAAGGCUUGA